UCCUUCACCACGUCCGCUCUCAGAACUCGAAUCGAGGCGACACGCCGUCAUGGCGAUGCGCAGGGCGUCUCUACAGCUAUCGACGCACUCAAUCACGGCGUCACGACCGAGCCGGCACCUCACGACAAACCCCACAUGUCCACGAUGCUUGCGACAAUUCGCGACGACGGCGGCGCCGCUCGCAGGACACAACAAGUGGUCCAAGACGAAACACAUUAAGGCCGUCACCGACAAGAAGAAGAUGGCUGAGCGCACGGCCUAUACCAAGCUCAUUUCCAUGUACUCUCGGAGUUAGCACACACACACACACGUACACAAAGAAGAGCAGCCGGCAUUGGAUGACGAUGUACCGGUAUCUGACUUGUCUCCCUCCUUUCGGCGCAGUGUACGGAGAAGACCUCAAGUUCAACUCGCAACUGGCCAAUGCAGUCGCCGCGGCGUCAAAAGCAAGCGUGCCCAAGUCGCUGGUUGAAGCCGCCAUAGCGCGGGGCCAGGGCCGUUCGGCGACCGGCGCGCAGCUCGAACCCAUGACGCUCGAGGUGCUCAUGCCGCCCAACAUCGCCCUCAUCGCCGACAUCGAGACGGACAACAAGACGCGGACGCUGCACGACCUCAAGUACGUCGUCAAGAAGGCGGGCGGCGUCGUCGGCGGCACCGCCUUCUACUUUUCCAGGCGCGGGCGCGCCGUCUUCAAGCCCAAGGCGGGCGGCGGUGGUGGCGGCCCGACCCUUUCGGACGUGCUGGACCACUUCGUCGAGCACGAGGGCGCCGAGGACGUCGAGGAGCUGCCCGACGGCGGCUUCCUCGCCUGGACGCAGCCUGCGUCGGUGGCGGCCAUCACCGACGCGGUGUCUAGCAAGUUUGGGCUCGAAGUGCUCGAGUCGGACAUUAUCUGGGCCGCCAACGAGGACACCACGGUCGCCGUCGACUCGCAUCGGUCGGCCGAGAGCCUUGACGCUUUAUUCGCGGCCAUGAGAGAGUUCCCCGAGGUCAAGGCCGUGUUUGCUAAUAUCCGGCAGGGAACCAUCAGCGAUGAGGAGUGGGACAGGAUAGAAAGGCACAUUGAUGUAUAACACAGGAGUGCGUCGCUCCAGCCUGUUCAAUAUAACCCCCCCACAAGAGCAGAGUUGAAGCGUCCAUUUUGCUGUCCCCACGCCCAUGAUCCAAAGAAUGAAAGAAAAACGCCGGUCCCAUGCUAGAUCUUUGUCGUUGUCUGUUCCCACGCCUCCGACAAGUAAAUCGUACAGCCCCGUCUUCCUCUCCGUGUGUCGCAUUCAAGCACGGCCCGCCGGCGUCCUGUGCGCACAUCUCCUCCCUCCGAGUAGAACGUGCUCAAGAAUCGUUGCCG